AUGGUAGCCGGGACACUAGAGGACUGCAGACAGAUGCAAGGAGGAAAGGAGAAAGUUAGUAGAGAAAAGUUUGAAAAGUGGCCGGUGACCACCAGUGUUGAGAGUGGCUGGGCUCAUGUACCAGGUGAGGUGGUUCAGACAUUUGGCAGAAUGUUUCCUGAAUGCUUCCUGAGGAAGGUGUUUCAUCCACAGAAAGCAGGAAGGAGACCCUUGGGCUUCUUCAAAAAGAACUGUGAUUGUUGUGUUUCUACAGGAUGGCCGUUCUCCAACAUCGUGUGUAAGAUGAGUGGAUUUGUCCAAGGUGUGUCUGUAUCAGCUUCAGUCUUCACCCUGGUGGCCAUCGCUAUUGAAAGGUUCCGUUGUAUAGUGUAUCCUCUACAACCCAAGCUGACGUUACUUGUUGCCAAGGUAGCCAUUGUGACCAUCUGGGUGUUAGCGGUGGCUAUCAUGUGUCCAGCUGCAGUAGCACUGACUGUGGAGGAAGUUCCUUUUCAUUACAUGGUGUAUAACGAUGAUUUCAACCAUACGUUGCCUUUGUACAGCUGCUACGAAAACUUUGCUAACCCUCAGAUGAGGAAGGUCUACACGGCGGUUCUGUUUGCCCACAUCUACCUGGUUCCUCUCAUCGUGAUUACACUGAUGUAUGUUAGCGUCGGAGUCAAACUCUGUUCCUCUGCAGUGUCACACAGAGAACCACAGUUGGCCCACACCACUGUCCAGGUGGGAGGCAGAAGGCAAGGUCAGCCAGUGGUGUCACAUAAGAAGAUCAAAGUUAUAAAAAUGCUUAUUGUGGUGGCUUUGCUGUUUAUGCUGUCCUGGCUGCCACUCUGGACUCUCAUGAUGAUGGCGGACUAUGGUGGCUUGGACAGAGACCAGCUGGACCUCAUGACCAGCUACAUCUUCCCCUUUGCCCAUUGGCUGGCUUUCUCUAACUCCAGUGUAAACCCCAUCGUCUAUGGCUACUACAACAAGAACUUCAAGAGGGGCUUCCAGGCAGUGUGCAAAACAGAACCCUUUUGCUGCUUCGUGCAUCUAGGGAGCAGAAUGCCAAGGUGGGGAAGGAGAGGAAGGCCUGCAAAUUCUCCCGGUCAAUGCACAGAGCUACAAGACGGCACUGACAAUCAUAGUAACUUUGUUCUGGGACUGAGAAAUCGUGUCCAUAAUGACAACAAACUGAGUGAAACACCAGAUAAGAACAGGAGCUCGAGGGUGGGGUGUGUGGUCGUUCACAAGGGGCGGAGCCUCUCAGGUCAAGCGUUAGAAAUGGUGGCCAUACAUAAGAAAAGUAGCGAUGGAGAGGCUUCGGAAAAGGUUAGCUCACUGGCUGUUUCAGUUUAUCAGGCAUGGGACAACUGAGAAACAACAUGAUCAAAGCCAUAGCAGGAAGAGGAGAUCAUUCAUUAUGGGAGGUUCCAAAUGGCUACAGUGGCGGGGGACAAAUCCCCUGCCUGUGGGUGUUUUCACAUCUUUUAGCACAAGCAUGACAUAUUUCUGUCAAUCAAUCAAGCAAAAACCCAACAAAGCAUCUUUUUUGAACGAGCAGUUCAUCACUUUGACGAAAAAGAGUUUUUUAUGUGAAUUCAGCAAAAAGAGAUUCAUCCGAUUUCCCAAAGAUUUCAAAUUUAUACUAAAGGUGAGACGUUUAGGACAUUAUUUUGUACAAGUGAAACAAACGGUUUUGGUCUGCUGUAAGAUCUAGAAACAUCUGUUUGGCUUUAUGAAGGAGCAUCAUUCAACACUUUCUGCUCUUACAGAUGUGCGCAGAGCUUUGUUGCAUUUCUAGUGGCUGUUUUUAAACGUGUCAGAACCAGUUAUCAGUGGUGUUCAGAUGUUUGCUGAUUUUUCAGAUCAGAACUCCAAACCUUUGAAACCCACAACAUAAAACAACGUUUACAUUGAAGUAGAUUUCUGGAGUUUUCUACUUUCAGAAAUGAUGUAUGGUUUUUCAGAGAUCUGUAAAAG